CCACUUAAGGUCUCACAACAGUCGCUCAGAGAUCGCCGUCUGGUGGUAAGAAGGUCUUACGAAGAUAAGCUUCGGAACAGAUCAUUGCAGGGAAACUUGCCGCGCUAAUGGCAAUAUCUGGGAUUGGCAUCAACUCGCAUCGAUCGCUGCCGGCUGUCGGCUCUACACUAGGCUUGGCAAACCAACACCUCUGCCUUUUAACGCGCCUCUUCCUGCCCCGCAGGAACCUACUGCUGUUUUCCGAGGGCUUUAAUUGAAUUUCCCGACCCGAACGCUGCGACCUUAGCUGGUGGACACAUUGUGUGUUUGACUGAUGUUCUAACACAGUUACCAGGGCUCUCACUAGGCGCUACUGGAGAGGUGUGUGGCGUGACAACAGUGUUCAUCAGACGGCUCUGCGUGCAGUUCUCUGUCAGAUACAACAGCAUCCUCGUUCCACGGCGGGUUCCUUGCCCUGGUUUGUUUGUUUGUUUGUUUGUAGACGGUUGUGAGCCCGACCAUGGACACCAGGAGUACGGCCCGGCUCUGCCUGGCGGCCUCACUGCUGGCGGGAGCCUGCCUGCUUGUAGCCGGGAGUCCCGUGCUCACCAGCCACCCGGACUGCCCGGAGUCAUGUAACUGUACCGUGGACAAGGCCCUGUGCGUCAACACACUGACUGUACCGCGCAAAAUCCCCGCAGAAGUUACGUCUUUAACCUUUAUUGAGGCGGAAUUCCACAAACUCACCACUGGAUCCUUCUCCCAUCUCCGGACGGUCUACCUGCUCUUCUUCAAAUCAUGCAUAUUUGAAAAGAUUGAAGAUGGAGCUUUCGACGGAAUGACUAGUCUUCGGUACCUGUUUAUCGAACUCAGCGAGAUAAAGUAUCUGUCAGAGCGGGCUUUCACCGGUCUGCCGUCACUAAUGUACCUGUCGCUGGCGUACAAUGACCUAUCCGGGCUUCCUGUCGGUCUGCUGAACGGCCUUGGUUCACUCAUCUAUCUGGACGUGUCCCAUAACCCGCUGGUGUGCGACUGCCGGCUGAAGUGGCUGGUAGACAAGCUGCUGUCAGAAGAGUACUUCUCCCCGCCGUUCAAGUGCGCCGGUCCGGCGGAGCUUCAGGACAGACUGUCCUCCAAACUCACUCAGGACGACUUCGACUGCAUCAAACCAGAGUUUCACGCCUUCCAGUCGAUGAACGCGGUGUCCAUGCGGGUGGAUACCUACAAGAAGAGAACGACUAAACAGCUGAAUGUCGUGGUGGCCGAACCAGAAGCUGGCGUCUGUAGCAUCCUCACCUGGGAUCACGUCGAGUUUACUUUUAAAGUGUAUAACAACAUCACAGCCCCUUCAGUGGUGGCGUGUACGCCCGUGCAGAUGGAGACAGACCUGUUCAUACUGGCCGCACAGCUGUACGGCGGGACCAGGGUCUUUCAGUUCGACAGCACCAAGGACAGCUUCGUCCUGUCCCAGACCAUCGACACGGUGAAGCCGAGUGACGUGGAGACGUUCAGUAUUGACGGGACGCACUACGUGGCGCUGGCGGACGGCGCCAAGGGAGGGACCAGCGCCGUGUACUCCUGGAACGGAAACCGGUUCACUCUCGCGCAGGAGCUUGCCAACUUGUACCGAGAAGCUGACUUUGAGUUCUUCAAAGUCGAGGACCAGCCGUACCUGCUGAUGCUGAGCAGCGGCCAGCACCCCGCUCUGUACAAGUGGUCCAGCGGGGACAGGCAGUUCAUAUACGAGACCGACAUCCCCUUUGAAGAACCAGUAGCAGCGCACACCUUCGUUCUUGACAAUGUCGUCUACCUCUGCCUUACACAAUUCCUCGGAGAAUCCAAGUUACUGCGCUGGAACACGUCCACCUCCGGGUUCCAGGACUACCAAGUGUUCAAGUCCCGGGGGGCCAUGGUUCUCCAGCCGCUCCAGGUGGGGCAGGAGUACUACCUGGUCCUGGGCAGUGACUACGUCCUGACCGAGGUCUACAGGUGGAACCCACAAGACAAGAAGUUCAUCAAAAGCCAGGACAUUGAAUUGAAGACCCCGCGAGACUUCAAGGUGGUGACAGUGCCGCCGGAGAACGAGGACAGUUUCCUGUUCGUAGCCAGCUUCAGUGAGCAGACCGAGAUCUUCAGGCACGAACUGGUGGACCUCAGCCUGUAGUGUCAACACUGUUAGAAGUCACAACUGUGCACCUGUACCAGUACUGGUACCACCUUAGCCCCGUCCUCAUGUUUGAGGGCAGAGACUAUAUGGAAGCUCUCAGUAUCAGUCUCUUCCACUCAUUCCUGUCUCUGACUCAUUGUAUGUUGUCGUCAUCCCACCUCCUUCGUCUCCCAAGGCUCCUCCUACUGGCGAUGUCCCCUGUAGGACGUGUGUGGAGAUGUGCUGUGCUCUGGUGAUGUGACCUCACUGUGCACAACCAUGUACAUAUGUAGUAACAUAACGUCUUUAGGAAACGUAACUGCAAUGGGUUGUGGGUAUACACUCCAUUUCUAAUCUAGACAAGAUUAUGUCGUGAGUUCCGGCUUUAAGAUGAAAUGUAGAAAUGAAGCCGUCGAAUAAGAAAACUAUAAAACAAAACAGCAACAAACGUUUAACUUAC